AUGGCAGGUGCGCUUGGCACUGCAGUUAGCUUUCUUUUCGAUUUCGCCAAUGCUUUCAAUCUCCUGCUAGACGACAAGCCCUGGGCAAUGACAGAGCUGUUAGCAAGUAAAAUCAUCAGUGUGUUCAGAGGACCCCGUCCUUCGAGUGCACAACCAGCACCGGAAUGCCCGCAAGGCCCCUCUGUUUCUGAAGAAGCAGAUGGAGAUCAAGAAAAGGAGGAAGAGGACAAUGAAAUUUCACCUGUGCAACAGCCUGAAUAUAUACAAUCAAGCAGCACAGAAACAGCAUCAGAAACAGCAUCAGAAACAUCAUCAGGGACAGCAUCAGAAACAUCUUCAGAAACAUCUUCAGAAACAGCUUCAGAAACAGCAUCAGAAACAUCUUCAGAAACAGCAUCAGAAACAUCUUCAGAAACAGCAUCAGAAACAUCAUCAGGGACAGCAUCAGAAACAUCAUCAGGGACAGCAUCAGGAACGUCAUCAGAAACAACAUCAGAAUCCCAGCUGUCUUCUUCUGCUUCCGAUGAAGAAAGUGAAGAGGAUGAUGAUGAGGAGGAUGGAGAUGAGGAUGAAGAUGAUAAGAGAGAUAAUAAAAAGCCUCCAUCUGUUAUGGUAACACGGCGCAAACAGUCAAAAAUGAUCUCCCCAGGCUCUGCAAUCAGACCUGCUGCUGCAUCAGCACCAGCAGCUAUAGCUAUCUCUCCUCAGCCUGAAGACUCAAUGAGAAAGACUUCAUGCGGCCAGCCUGACACGCGGAGGAAGAAAUCCAAGCUGAGAAAAAAGGCACUCCUCCUCGCAGAUCAACUGAGGAGCCUUGUGAGCGUGGGAGACCCUAAAAAGAAAUACAGGCAAUUGCAAAAAAUUGGUGAAGGGGCAUCAGGAACAGUUUAUCGCGCACUUGAACUGGCCACAGGACGCGAGGUGGCCAUAAAGCAAAUGGAACUCAAACAUGUGCCGAUAAAACAUUUAAUAGAGGAAAUCCGUAUCCUGAAGGCAAGCAAGAAUGCCAAUAUUGUGAACUAUUUAGAGAGCUACAUAGUCAGUGAGCAGCUCUGGCUGGUGAUGGAAUACAUGCCUGGAGGCUCUUUGGCUGAUGUCAUUAGUAUCUUGUGUCUGGAUGAAGGACAGAUAGCAGCUGUCUGCAGGGAGUGCCUGCAAGCUCUGGAUUUCCUUCAUUCAAACAACAUCAUUCAUAGAGACAUCAAAAGUGACAAUAUCCUCCUUGGAAUGGAUGGAUCUGUCAAACUGGCUGAUUUUGGCAUCUGUGCUCAGAUCACCCCUGACAAGAGCAGGAGGAAAACACUGGUUGGGACUCCUCACUGGGUAGCACCAGAAGUGGCAAGAGAAAACGCCUAUGGUCCUAAAGUGGACAUCUGGUCACUUGGCAUCACAGCAAUAGAAAUGGUGGAAGGAGAACCUCCUUACUUCGAUCAAAAUCCUCACAGGGUGCUAAAAAUGGUAGCCCAGAACAGAGCACCAAAGCUGCAGAACCCCAGCAAACAGUCCCCACUGUUCUGUGACUUUCUGAACUGCUGCCUGGAGGUGGAUGAGAAUAAGCGAUGGUCUGCCAAGGAGCUUUUGCAGCAUCCAUUUUUAAAAUUAGCCAAGCCACUCUCCAGCCUGACUCCUCUCAUCAUCGCGGCAAAGCAAUUGAAUAAGAAGAGCAGCCGCUAG